GCAGCAUCAGAGAAGGAUGGAAAACAUGGUACUUCAAAUAGUACUCGUGAAAUUUAUUGUUUGUCUUAUCAUCAUCUCUAUUUGUGAUGCGAUGACGAUGAAACAGAUCAAGCAAACCGGAAAGAUGAUGAGAAAAACUUGUUUGCCAAAAAAUAACGUUGAAGAGGAGAAGGUAGACAAAAUAUCAGAAGGAACGUUUAUUGAAGAGAAAGAAGUAAUGUGCUACAUGGCUUGUGUUAUGAAAAUGGCUAAUACCAUGAAAAACGGCAAGCUUAGUUACGAAGCCGCUAUGAAGCAAAUCGAUUUACUGUUGCCUGAUGAGAUAAAAGAACCAGCCAAGAAAGCGCUCACUGCUUGCAAGAAAGUUCCGGACUCGUACAAGGACAUCUGCGAGGCAUCGUUUCAUACUACAAAGUGUAUUUACAAUGAAAACCCGGAAAUUUUCUUCUUCCCCUAA